AUGGCGCGCGCGUGCCGGCACCGCUUCAGGCCGUGCUGGGCGUCGGCGUUGGGUGGCCAACGAUUCCGUAAUUUUAAGAUCAUUUACCGUCGCUACGCCGGCCUCUAUUUCUGCAUCUGCGUCGACGUCACCGACAACAACCUGGCCUACCUGGAGGCCAUCCACAACUUCGUGGAGGUUCUCAAUGAGUAUUUCCACAACGUCUGCGAGCUCGACCUCGUCUUUAAUUUCUACAAGGUGUACACCGUGGUGGACGAGAUGUUCCUGGCAGGUGAAAUCCGUGAGACGAGCCAGACCAAGGUGCUGAAGCAGCUCCUGAUGCUGCAGUCCCUGGAGUGACCCAAAAUCCCCCAAAAUCACCCCAAAAUCACCCCAAAAAUCCCCCCCAAACCCUCAGUGUCGUCGUGGUGUGCAGAAAAACGUGAAUUUCUGUCAUUAAAGUGACCAAAAUGUGACCAAAAA